GCGAAAUAAGAAUCGUGCUCGGCGAAAUAAGUUUUAUGGGACUGUCUAUGUUCUAGUUGCUGAGGCUCGGUCUAACCUGGCAGUCACCUGCGUGAUUUCUUCCGGUGAACCGCAAGACGACACCGCGCGAGCGACAGCAAUCGCAACCACGAGUAACCCACCCCUGUCGCACGCCUUCAAAACUUUCCGCGAACCUCGCCGUUUCGUGCUCGUUGUUAGCGUCGAGAGCUCGUUUGAAGCACAUUCGAAAGCUCGUUGACUUUGGCAUACCACCUUACUAUAAGGCGACACGAGAGCAAACGUCAUUAGUUGCCAGUUCGUCUACCUACCCACACCGUUCGCUCCACUUCAACCCGUUUUACCAGAACGAGCAUUCGUUGUAGUCGCCAGCGAGAAUCACUCAAUGGAGCGGUGGACUGCGGACGAAACGCGCGCGCUGAUCGCGCUGCGCGAGCGAGUGGAGCGCGAAACCAGGCGUUCGAUCAACGCCAAGGGCGGCGCAGCGGCCGGCAGCGAUGAUGACGAGGAGGAUGGUGGGGCGGUGGAUUUCGGCGGGAUGCGCAUGUGGGAAUGGGUUGCGAGCGAGAUGCGGAAGCAGGGGUUUCAGCGAUCCAUGGUGCAGUGCAAGGCGAAGUGGACCGUGCUGUUCAACCGAUACAAGAGCAUGGAGCUGUCGGAGCGGCGGGGCAAGGCGUGUCCGUUCUUCGACGAGCUGACGGCCAUCUUCAAGAUCCGCGCGGAGCAGGCCGCCAGGGAGGCCGCUCUGGGGCACGGCGUGGUGGACCCCAGACCGCCAGGCUUGGCAGGUGCUGGUGCGGAGGGGACUUCGCUGUUUGGCGAGGAUGGCUUGUAUGGGUUACAGGAGGAGGAUGGGGAGGGGGAGGACGGUGGGGAGGACGAAGAGGAGGAGGAGGAAGAGGAGGACGGGGAAGGGGAGGAUGGGGAGGAAGAAGGGGAGGACGGAGAUGCGGUAGGGAAGAAGAGGAGGAGAGGAAGAGCAGGGAAGGCGGGCAGAGGGGGAGGGCGUGGGGCGGGGUCAAGAGCAGCAGACGCAGGACUACCACACACGCGAGUGGACACGCGGGGGGAUGCAGAGAAGGAGGCGUUGAGGCGGAAGAAGGGCGAGGGGGGCGUGUCGAUCAAGGUGGACCGGAAGCGCGUGGAGAAGAUGGCUGAGGUGCAGCGGGCGUUCCUGGCGCACCAGGUGAAGGUGGAGGGCAUGUGGGGCGAGGAGGCGGAGAGGGUGGAGGCGAGGGGCCGGGAGAGGGGCGAGGAGUGGAUUGGCGGGCUGGAGGAGCGGGAGAGGAAGCGGCUGGCGGAAGAUGUCAAGUGGCGCGAGGAGGAGGAGCAACGAGCACAGCGCGCCGAGGCCAGGGAGGUGGAGUGCGACGCCAUGCUGCAGGCCCUGCUCGCCCAGCUGCUGCACGCUUAACCCGCCCUCAUUUGACUUCACCCUGCUGAGCCAGCAGGGUGUUGCACGCACGCUCAACCCACCCUGAUUUGACUUGACCCUCGCCUACAACACUUGCCUGCACACCCUGCCGGUUCAGCUUAAUGCUCUCCAACAACACUUGACCCUCGCUCUCCAAGCCUCCUCUGACCUCACCUCACCCACACUCACGCCUCGUCCUACCACCUCCACACUCACUCCCACUCAUGCCUCGUCGUCUUACCCCCUCCACACUCCCAGUCAUGUCCUCGCAGGCUUUCUGUUACCUUCGCACAGCACUCCCAUGUCAACUUACAACUCCACGGUACUUGUAUCUCCCCUCCCCUCUUCCUAGCCCAACUUUUCACACUAUCUCAACAUGGCACCUAGAGCUAGGUUAGGUCCCACCUGUUAGAGUAGGGGGAAAAAGCUUGACUAGUAUUGGGCUGAGAAAAAGCCCUUAGGAUCUUUUCAGAGACUAAGUCCCAGCUGUGAAGACUUGAGACUUUGAGUAGUGCAGCGGAAGUUGAGACGGUUGAACCCUUGUACUAGUAUGUGAGAACAAGUGAUUGAUUAAAGAAACAAGCAUACAACAAUAUAUAGAAGAUAAGAAAGCAGUUGUAGAAUACAGUUACAGGAACGGUUUAUCGAGUCGCACAGCGACUCGAUUGCCACUUCGGUUACCAUCCGUGAUGUUGUAACGGUCAGUCGUAACCUCCAGUUGCGACCUUUCGAGUCUUUUCGCAUUCUUUGUCCGCCCCCUCGUGCAACCUCCGUUGACUCGCGUGCCCCCCCU